AAUAGAAGUUUUUUAUUUAUUUGUUAUACACUAGUACGUUCGACUAUUUCCAUUUCAGUUGUACCUGUGCUUUCGAACAUUCAGCACUGCUUUAGGUAUAUACAAAAAUUUCUAAAAAAUAUUAUUAAAGAUGGGCGGAUUCCAACAAAGGCAAUGGACACCUACAAAGAGACGUGGUCCUAUAGCAGCAGAAUUUUCUGGACCUGGCCCAGCAGCUGUAACUUUACCUUCACUAGUAGGAAAUAUCGUACCAGAAUCUAAAAGAGGACGAGCACCAGCUUUUAGCUUUGGAGCGAGACACAACGAAAAAAAUGAAAAUGCUGGACCAGGACCUGGACAAUACAAUAUAACUGGACUAAGUGCAAAAGGUAAAGAUACGCCUCCUGCAGCUACUUUACAUUCAAGACCAAAAGAAAUGAAACCAGAUAAUUUUCCAGCACCAGGUGAUUAUAACCCGGAAAAGGCCGAGAAAAUUCUUCAUGAACAUUCUCCAGAGUACACAUUUGGUUUAAAAACGCAAAUAGAAAAGCCAAAUCCUAAUCCAGCCCCAAAUGUGUAUAAUAUACCAACAGUACUAGGCGCUGCAAAGGAAGGACAUUUUAAAGCAGCACCAUCAUUUAGUAUAUCUGGACGAACUAAAGAAUUUCCUGAUGGGAGAUUAUUAAAUCCUGGACCAGGAGCAUACAAUGAUAUUAGUUCAGAUAGUGUAAAACCCAAAUCACCGGCAUAUACUGUAAGUUCUAGGUAUAACAUUCCAGGAGAUACUUCCCCACGACCAGGCCCUGGUGCUUACUCGCCAGAAAAGGUUCAAAUUGACUUGCCACCAGCACAUUCAUUUGGAAUCAAACAUUCACCAUAUUCUCACAGUUUUGGCAUUGGAUACUAAAGAAUAUUAAAAGGAACUUUUUAACAAUAUGCAAUAUUGAUCUAACAAAAUAUUGCAUAAAAAUCUUUAAAUUUUCAGAAAAAAAUAUCAAUAAUUGUUUUAAUUGUAAUGAAAUAAAAAUUAUUAUUAUUAUUGAAAGAAAUGGCAAU